AAGUGAUCAACGUGCCUUUUUAAAUUGAUAAACGGAACAGUUUAAUAGCCCUGCAGUACAGUAUGGUUUAGAAACUCUGUUGUAGCUUGCUAGAUGUCAAACAGGAAAUGACAUAGCCAGGUCUGCCAUGUUUACGCAGGCGACGGGCGUGAGUUGUGCGAGUUUCUUUGAUGAGCUCUGCAGAGUGAAAAUGCAAAGGACUUGACUUCUGUAAAGUUAUAACUCACCGGCAUUGGUAUAAUCGAAGUUAAUGUCUUAUGCAUGUCAAAGCUUAAGAACCUUAUUCGGUAAUUCAAAUUAAGAGUCGUUUUAGCUGGCUACAUAUCGUUGCUAUUUAGCUCGCUAGCUUUCUCCACAACAAGGAGGCGGGCGGAAGUAGCUAAUGCAUGGUAGCUAGCUGGUAAGCCUCAGUUCCGUUUUUAGUAUAGUUUGGUGGACAUUGGUUAACCUAUAUUGUGAGUGAGUGACAAUAAGAGCUAGCCGACUUUCGCCGUUACAAGCAAGCCAUGGCUGAAUCCCAGAAAGCUGACCAUUCAGAGCAUAAAGGCAAGCCAUACAAAGAGACAGAGCAGCCAUCUCAGGCUGGAGCAUCAAUGGAUUCAGUGGACCCUGGAGCCUCACACAGCAAUACAGCCUCGGCAGAUGGGAACAAUGGGGAUGAUGCUACCAAUGCAGUCAGUGCAUGUUCCUCCUCAAUUAUAGACGGGGCAGGGGAUGCUGGUAAUUCAGGACAUGUGAGGGAAACCGAUGCAGAGGAUUCACAGAUGGUGGAAGAAACUGUAAAAACAAAUGCCUUGCUGACUGUGGUAGAAAUGGACAGUAAAGAGUAUUCACAGACUGAAAGAGAAACAGCCAGUGUGGAUGUUCCACAGACGGAAAGAGAAACAGCCAGUGUGGAUGUUCCACAGACGGAAAGAGAAACAGUCAGUGCGGAUGCCUCACAGACGGAAAGAGAAACGGCCUGUGCGGAUGCCUCACAGACGGCCAGAGAAACGGUCAGUGCGGAUGCCUCACAGACGGAAAGAGAAACAGCCAGUGCGGAUGCCUCACAGACGGAAAGAGAAACAGGCAGUGCGGAUGCCUCACAGACGGAAAGAGAAACAGGCAGUGCGGAUGCCUCACAAACGGAAAGAGAAACAGCCAGUGCGGAUGCCUCACAGACGGAAAGAGAAACAGGCAGUGCGGAUGCCUCACAGACGGAAAGAGAAACAGGCAGUGCGGAUGCCUCACAGACGGAAAGAGAAACAGGCAGUGCGGAUGCCUCACAGACGGAAAGAGAAACAGGCAGUGCGGAUGCCUCACAGACGGAAAGAGAAACAGGCAGUGCGGAUGCCUCACAGACGGAAAGAGAAACAGGCAGUGCGGAUGCCUCACAGACGGAAAGAGAAACAGGCAGUGCGGAUGCCUCACAGACGGACAGAGAAACAGGCAGUGCGGAUGCCUCACAGACGGACAGAGAAACAGGCAGUGCGGAUGCCUCACAGACGGACAGAGAAACGGCCUGUGCCGAUGCCUCACAGACGGAAAGAGAAACAGCCAGUGCGGAUGCUUCACAGACGGACAGAGAAACAGCCAGUGCGGAUGCUUCACAGACGGACAGAGAAACAGGCAGUGCGGAUGCCUCACAGACGGAAAGAGAAACAGCCAGUGCGGAUGCCUCACAGAUGGAAACAGGCAGUGCGGAUGCCUCACAGACGGACAGAGAAACGGCCUGUGCGGAUGCCUCACAGACGGACAGAGAAACAGUCAGUGCGGAUGCCUCGCAGACGGACAGAGAUACGGCCUGUGCGGAUGCCUCGCAGACGGACAGAGAAACGGCCCGUGCGGAUGCCUCGCAGACGGAAAGAGAAACGGCCCGUGCGGAUGCCUCGCAGACGGACAGAGAAACGGCCCGUGCGGAUGCCUCACAGACGGACAGAGAAACGGCCCGUGCGGAUGCCUCACAGACGGACAGAGAAACGGCCCGUGCGGAUGCCUCACAGACGGACAGAGAAACGGCCCGUGCGGAUGCCUCACAGACGGACAGAGAAAUGGCCCGUGCGGAUGCCUCACAGACGGACAGAGAAACGGCCCGUGCGGAUGCCUCACAGACGGACAGAGAAACGGCCCGUGCGGAUGCCUCACAGACGGACAGAGAAACGGCCCGUGCGGAUGCCUCUCAGACAGUCAGAGAGAAAAUUGGUACAGAUGCACCCCAGACUGUGGAAGAAAUAGGCAGUACAAGUGGUUCACAGACUAAUGGAGAAACAGACAUACCCCUGGACAUGGGAGUAGUGGAUGCUGACGAUGAGAUGGAGGUCAAUGCUAUCAAAGUGGAGGAUGACCAGAUGCAGGAGGAAGACAACUUGGAGGGGAUGCCUGUGAUAACAGCUGUGGAAGAGGGAGGCAACAUGGUUGCUUUUAGCAGCAACUCCCUGGAUCAUGGGGAUGAGGUGGAGAAGAUGGACACGGGGACAGACUCACUGACAGAGAAUGAGGUAGAGGAGCCCAGCAAGACUGGGCAAGUGGAGACCAAUUCCAUGCCUUCUAUCAUGGAUACAGUCUCCAUGACAGGAGACACAGAGCAACCUGCUGAGGAGACCAGCUUUGUGAAGGCUAGCAGCUCGUCUCUGCCUAUGGAGGAGGACCAAUCUGAAGAUGUCAAACCGUUUCACCCCAGUCCCACCACCUCUAGCGAAGCUAUUCACCCACAGAACAGUGAAGGCAUCGACUGUCCUGCAGGGCUGGAGAAUGGAGUGGCAGGACAGCCAGUCAAAGUUGUGGCUUCUGCCCAGUUGGCAGCUGAGCCUGUAUCCACCAGCGCGGAAACCAUCUCCAUGGUCAAGGUGAAGGAUGAGCCCGUGGACGAAGAGUAUGAUCAGGCCCUGGCUCCAGCGGUCCUCUCAGAGGGCGUCAAGGAUGAACCAGACGCAGCAGAGGAGUUGAAAAUCAGCAACGUCUUCUCUGUGGGCGGCUGCCCAACUACGAACGCCGUAUCCACGCCAGUGGCUGCCCUGCCUAAGACUGUAAUACCUGCCCCAGCCUCUUCCUCCAUCCCUCCGCUGAUCCCCAUGGCUAUGCGGGUGGCCUGCUCGGCCUGUAAGAAGGUGCUGCUGAAGGGCCAGACGGCCUACCAGAGGAAGGGCUCCUCAGACCUCUUCUGCUCCACGUCCUGCCUCACCUCCUACAGCCCCCCGCCCGUCAAGAUGACUGGCCCAGCCAAGAAACCCUGCCACUACUGCUUCAAGGAGAUUGCUAACCCCAAGGACGUGAUCACAGCUCCCGUGGACACCAUGGGCACGGUGAAGGACUUCUGUAGCCAGACCUGCCUCUCCUCCUUCAACUUCAAGAGGAACUCUGCCGUCUCCACUCACUCCUCCUCCCUGUCCACCAUGACAGGGGCCGUCAAGUGCAGCAUGUGCAAGAAGGCCUGCGUUAGUAAACACGAGGUGAUCUUCCAGAGCAGUAUGCAUAAGCUGUGCAGCGAGGUGUGCUUCACGCGCUUCCGCUCCACCAACAAGCUGUCCAUGAACAGCUGCCAGAGCUGCAACAACUACUGCUACGGCAAGGUCACCGUGCUGGUCGUGCAGGGGGUCAAUAAGACCUUCUGCAGCGACGGCUGUGUCGCCACCUUCAAACAGAAAGCUAAGAAGCCUGUGGCAUGUACUAUGUGCCGCAACUUCCGCUCACCGGUGGAGAUGGUCGACAGCGCCGACUCUGACGGCAAGCUGGAGAUGUUCUGCUCUACUGGCUGUGUUACAGCCCACAAAGUACAGACUGUCAGCUCCUCGGGUGCUCGGGUAGAAUGCAACACCUGUGGUCAAAAGACGGUGCCCUCCUUCCACCUGGCCAUGUCGGACGGCUCCAUCCGGAACUUCUGCACCAUGAACUGUGUUGUCACCUUUCAGGAUCAGUUCAAUAAGAGCAACUCCCAGAGCCAGAUUAAUGUGGCCCCCAGCACAGGGUCCACAGCUCCGCCCGCUGCCCAGACCAGGGACAAGGUAUCCCAAGGGACCCGACUGCCCUGCUUCCAUUGCCACCGCCUCUUCUCCUCCAAGCCCGAGCUCAUUCAGUUCAAGGAUAAGAUGGUAUUCCUCUGUUCGGUAAAUUGCUCCGAGGAGUACAAGAAGAUCAACUGCGAGAUGGCACGCUGCGAGUACUGCAAGAUUGAGAAGCCAGCCAAGGAGGUCAAGAGAAUCAACAAGAGGGACUAUACCUUCUGCAGCGAAGGCUGUAAGCUGCUCUACAAGCACGACCUGACCAAGCGCUGGGGGAAACACUGCAAAAUCUGUGCCUACUGCGCCUCCACUGCGCAGAAGGCCGUCACAGGCCAGUACGGGGGAAAGCUGGAGGACUUCUGCUCGGACGAGUGCAAGUCCCACUACACUCUGCUCUUCUGCCAGGUGGCUAAGUGUGACGCGUGCGAGCGCCAGGGGAAGCUGAUCGAGACCCUGCCGAUGUUGGGCGAGGUGAAGCACUUCUGCAACCUCCAGUGUCUGCUCCAGUUCUGCAGCCUGCAGACCCAGAACCAGGGCAAAACCCAGGGACAAAAGGUGGCCAUCUCAAUCGCUCCAUCCCCCUCCAAUACUACCACUGCUACGAGUGUGUCUGAUCCGGUCAUCGCCAAUGUAAUCUCACUAGCCAGCUCCCCCACUGGCCAGCCCAACUACGCCAACACUUCCCUGCAAGGGACUGUUCCCAGCAGACAUGUGAAGUAUGUUGGAAAUGCCAGCACCCAGACACAGCCCCCCCGGGCACCUCCACCCAGGGCUCAGAAGAACAAGGCCCUGCUCUGCAAACCCAUGGUCCAGAACAAGGGCAUCAUGUGUAAACCCAACUUCACUACCACAGGGUGCCAGACAGAUGAUGAUUUCCCCAAGGUGAUCAUAGUGCCUGUCCCAGUGCCAGUGUAUGUCCCAGUCCCCAUGAACCUGUACACCCAGUACACCCCCCAGCCUGUUGGACUUCCCAUCCCGCUGCCCGUGCCCAUGUUCCUGCCGGUGACCCUGGAUAACGCCGAGCGCAUUGUGGAGACUAUCCAGGACAUCAAGGAAAAGAUCCCCUCUGACCCUUUCGAGGCCGACCUCAUCCUCAUGGCUGAGAUGGUGGCCGAUGAGGGGAGGGAGAAGUCCCCUGAGCGACCCCCUGAAAGGCCUCCAGCCCCAGUAGUACAAGACGACCAGGUCAGCACCUACAGUGGAGACCUGGACACAGACGAACUGAGCAACUUCCUCACCACUUGGGAUGACGAGCCACCCCCCACCCCUGGCGUCUCAUCGCGCCACAGUCGACCCUAUGCCCACGAGACGCUCCGACCCAUCGUGGACAUCAAUGUCCCCGACACCCCCCACCCCCAUCAUGGACAUAGAGGCUGACUUCCCAGUCCAAACCCUGGAGCUGAUGGCCCAUUGGCGGGAUCAGGAGAGGGAUAGAAGUCCCAGUCCACCUCCUUCUCCUCCUCGACGAAGAGCCAGAAGGAAAGCUCGGGAUGGCUUGCCACAGAAGAAAAAG